AUGACGCAGUUGCGUUCAUCAAAAACUGUCACGACCCAGAUCAUUGCUCUCUACUUGUAUCCUCCCGCUGAUCUCAAGGAGGCAUCGGCUGAUGGAGGCCUACUGCUGGGUGGAGGCGAUCCUGCAUUAUAUGAGGGUGCACUGAAGUAUGUCGUCUUCUCUUCGGCCGAAGAGUAUAGGGUCAAUCUUCGCAAGCUAUAUGUCGGUGUUGGACCUAUAUAUUCUCUAUUCAAUAUGAACCUUGAUCUCGACACCGGCGCCAACGCUCUAUUCGUUCCAAAAUUAUACUACAUGAAUCUCAUCAAGGAUAUUCAUGCUGAAACUGUCAAGGCUGCGGGUACGGAUGUUGUCUUCGAGUACGACUCAAAAGAGAUGCUAUGGUCCUUCCCUUGCCAACACAUGAGCAAGUUGCCACAGUUGAAGUUCGACUUGGGUCCUGAAGGCAUGACUCCAUUCACGAUGACAUACACGAACUAUGCCAGGUAUCAAUAUGGCAUAUGUUUACUUACUAUCGCACUAGCCCCAGGGAAUGAUUGGACGUUCCAUGACCGUAUGCUGAUCGGUAAUUAUUUUGAGUUCGAUCCUUCUCUUAAUCGAGUCGGAAUCGGCAAGUUGAAACCCCGAUCUCUAUAA